AUGUGGCUACUACCUGUGAUUGUCCUUUUACUGGGAUUAUUGGAGUGGAGCAGGGCGGAUACUCUUGUCCAGUUGCAUGUGAAUCGUCCCUACAACGAUGUUAACGAAAAGUUUGUCAGUUUCGCCGUGCGACCGGAGGACCUGUACGAUGCCCUGGAUGGAAAAAACCGGAAAGCAGUGACGAAUAUGGCCACUCUCCUAGGGGAUGCUCACAUUAAGUUUGUUGGGGACUUUUAUUUCGCCAGCAAUGCACCCACUCGUCUGCGGAAUCCCACCAAGAUUAUCUGGAAAGGUUUCAACCGAUGGACACGAGCCGUAAAUUGGACCAUGAUCAUACCCGUGCCAUAUGCCCCUGACGAAUGGGAUUCCAUGCACACCCUUAAGAUCCUUAACACUUCCUACAUGGUGGGCAUCACCGACUGCAUUUGGCAAUUGGGCACGGAUUUCGGAACUUCAAGGGCCAAGGAUUACGUCCAGGAGCUGCGCACUCUCAAGCUGAUGACGGAUACUUUCAAGCCGUACGUGGAUGAUUGGCGGAUCAUGGGGGCGGACAUUUCAGCAGGAAGCAGUGCUGAUGAAACAAGAAGAUAUGUAGACACUUCUAAGGAUCUGAAUUCUGCCUUUGGAUGGACGCAGCCUGCCAACAUGCUUCCCAAGACCAGUCUGGGAAGUUUUCUGUACGACAGCGAUCCGGCUUUGAGGAUUUUGCAGCAGCAGCGUGUUCCCUUGUGGUUGAGCCUGCCGGAGGAGCGAUCGUCGGAGCGAUUGGUGGGUGAUGAGACUACGGAUGCUCUGCGCUGGGCCCAGACUUUGGGGGAUGCGGCCAGCAGUGGUUUCGAUGUGGUCUUCAAGCGCAUGACUGUGCAGGACUUUGAGCGUCCCAAUUUCAGCCUGUAUGUGACGGCUUUGUUCAAGAAGGUCAUGGGUUCAAGGGUAUUCCCAGCGAGACCCUUGAAUGUGUUCUCUCCCAGCAACAAACUAUACACGCACUGCGCCAAUGCCGUAUCCGGAGGUCUGGCCUUCAUGGUGGUCAAUACGGAGGACCAGCCCACCACGAUCACGGUGAGGAGCCCCAGUCGCCUGGCCGGCAAGGAAAUCUGGCAGUAUGUUCUGACCAGCUUGGAUCAGCGAGUGCAACUCAACAACGUGCGAUUGCACUUGAAUUCGACACUGCGACCUUUGAUCAAGGAAAAUGAUGCUAGCAAACAGCUGCAGCUAAUCACUCCGAGUAUGUCGGUGGGAUUCUGGGUUCUACCCGACGUCAAUCUGGAGCAUUGCCAGUUUUCGGAGAUUGAGGCUGAAGAGGAGGCUCCGACAAGUGGAGACUCCUCGACGGAGAAACGUCGCUCCUCCCGAUACAGCUCCGCCGAUCGACUGCUCCAGCGAUUGAUAGAGGAAACAGCUGUAGCUAGAGGUGCAGUACAGAGCUCCUUCAACCGAAACCGACGCUUUGUCCUGGAUGAGGACGAGAGACCAAGAAACCUAUUGGAUCGCCUGAUGCAGACCUUCCGGGAUACGAAGCCUGCCAAGAGGGAGGCAUUGGACAGCGCCAUCAAAUCUAGCCAUCAGUCCGUGAAUGUUCCACAAGCCUUAGCCUGGUUCAACCAAGUAUUCGAGCAAGCCCAGGGUGUAAACCGCAGAUCAAGGCGUAGUACUUCCAGCUACUCGGGUCCAUACUUUUACAAUCGAAACGGUAAAAAGACAGCCAUGACCAAAAAAAUCACAGAGAUUCGGAAGCCAGAGACGAAGAAGAAACCACUCUUUGACUUUGAUGAGUUCGACGAGGAGAAGUUCUUCAAGAAGCUCGGAGAACAGCCAGAGGAGCCACCAGCCUACACUCGUCUUCCCGAUGGUGAUGUCCAUUUGAAGCAUAUUGAAAGUAUAGAUGGGGAAGAAAAUGAACCAGAAACGGAAGUUGUAAUUCCCAAGAAACGAAAAUCCAAAUCCAAGAGUCAGUUGAAAAUUAUCCAAAGAGAGGAAGAACCGGAACAUGAUCCAGAGCCAGAACCGUCUGAAGGACGUAAAAAGCUUCGUUUGCUACCCACUGAGUUCUUUGAAGCACUGCCAGCUCCCAAGACAAAUAAGAGGUUGAACCUGGGAGCCACUCUCAAUUCUCUGCUCUUCCCAGAGCCCUUCUCCAGCAAAGCCACAAUUGCUAAAAAUAAUUCAGAGAAACCAAAGCCCGUGGAGGAACCCGAAGAAGAUGUAGAGCCCGUGCCCACUGUCAGAAGACGUCAUUCCAGAACAGGUCACGUGGCGAGCGAUUUUCUCCAGGCUCAACGGGAACUAGGAAAGCACUUUCUUAGUCACAUAAACGAGCACGAGCACGAGGUUUCCCUGGGGGAUGAGACUCUAAGAGAGAGUUCCCUAGAGGCAGUCAGUGCUGCUAAAAAGUCAUCCUCACCUGACUAUUUUGGGGCCAAGGAAUCAGCUCCAGCUCCAGCCCCCGUCCAACCAAAAAAAACUGAUGUGGGGAUCACCUCCUGGUGGGACCUCCCAGCUAUGCGAAGGCGACGUGCCAUUCCCAUGUCCAACUCUUUGGACGAAAUACGUUCAAACUCAAUAGACAAAGAAGAUCGCGACGAGACGAUGCCUCUGGGUGGAUACACUUUGUACGAAUACAAAGUCGAUCAAAGGCCACAAAUAAACCCAAUUCGGCGAUAUGAGGGCUCUGAAGAUUCCACGAUUAUGAAGAUUAGUAAGACCAACGCUCCACCUACAGAGCAUCGCAGGAUAUCCCUUGCCGAUGGAAUUGUGACUACCGUCAGGGCAAAGGUGUCUCGUUUCAUUAACAUCGUAACCCAGCACAUGAGCGAAUGGUAUAACACUUUGACCAAACAUCUGGAUACGGAUAUGGAGCCACCAAUAAGGACCCUCAAGGAAAACAGCAUCGAUAAAUAGAGCUAAAGAAACUUAGCUAAAGAAAAUUUUGAUCAUUAGAACAUAAUGUAAAUAUG